GGAGCCGGAGCUUCUUUGCGCUUGGACGCUGGUCCCGGAAGUGGCGAGGGCGGGAUCAACGCUGCCCGGAGAAGUCCUCCGCUUUGCGAAGAUGCUGCUGGACCUGUCGGAGGAGCAUAAGGAGCACUUGGCGUUUUUGCCGCGAGUGGACAGCACGGUGGUCGCGGAGUUUGGGCGGAUUGCGGUGGAGUUCCUGAGGCGAGGCUCGAACCCCAAGAUCUACGAAGGCGCCGCCAGAAAACUCAAUGUGAGCAGUGACACUGUCCAACAUGGUGUGGAAGGAUUAACGUACCUCCUCACUGAAAGCUCGAAGCUUAUGAUUUCUGAACUGGAUUUCCAAGACUCUGUUUUUGUUCUGGGAUUCUCUGAAGAAUUGAACAAAUUAUUGCUUCAGCUUUAUUUGGACAACCGAAAAGAGAUCAGAACUAUUCUGAGUGAAUUGGCACCAGACCUUCCAAGUUACCACAGCCUUGAAUGGCGACUGGAUGUACAGCUUGCAAGCAGAAGCCUGAGGCAACAGAUUAAACCAUCAGUGACUAUAAAGCUACACCUUAAUCAGAAUGGAGAUCACAGCACCAAAGUUCUGCAGACAGACCCAGCCACUCUGCUCCAUUUGGUUCAGCAACUGGAACAAGCAUUGGAGGAGAUGAAAACAAACCACUGUAGGAGAGUUGUGCGCAAUAUCAAGUAGUCCCAGUUUUAAGGAUUUAUUCCCUCUUAAUCACUCAUGAAUCGACGAUAUGCAGCAGUUACUUUUCAAAAUUAAUUUUUUUAUUAAUUGACAGUGAUAAACAUGUAUUUUCCAUGAAAUUUCUUUUCCUAUGACAAGAUAGUGAAGUCAUGAUCAAAAGCUAAAGUUAAGUUCCUGGUGCUAAAUGUGGUCAGUUUCUUGACAAAUUAAGAUGUAUUUUAUAUUUUAAAUGUAAGAAUUGAAUCAACUGGAAGUGAAUCUAUACUGUUCAUAUGUUUUAUGUAUAUGAAUGUCUUUUUUUGGUACUUCUUUUGAUUGCUUAACUUUAUUAUUUUUGUCUUUAUUGACCAAAAUCUGAAAAUAAAAUUCACAGUGUAAUACCA